GCCACCUUCCCUUCUACUACCAAAGCUCAAGCUUCCCCUCCAUCUCCAAUGGCUGAAUCCAAGAAACCAAGACCUCAAAUGAAGAAACCCCAACAAAAAACCAGGAAAAAAUCUCACCUUGAAUCACAGAACCCAUCUCCACCUCCAAAGAUCACCCUCAGAAGCUUCUUCAGCUGUAAACACCACCAUCAAUCCAAUCCAAACAACAACAACACCAACAACAAGAACAAUAACAAGAACAAGAAGAGGUGCAGGAGAAUGAAGUGUUCUGGUUCCCUUUGUAGCUUCAAAGAAAACUCAAUGGGGACUCAAACUCAAAGGAUUGCAAGAGCUCAAGUUGAUGCUGCUUCUGCUGCUAAGAAGAGGGUGGCAAUGAAGGCUGCUCCUUUGACUGAGAUUAAUGGAGUUGUUGUGGCUCCUUCUUUUAAUUCUUGUUCUUCAAUUGGUGGUUCUUUCAAAGGGAUGCAUUUGGGGAGGUUUUCUGGGUGCUAUGAAUGUCAUAUGGUUGUUGAUCCUUUGAAUGGGAUGUCAAAGGUUCCAUCUUUGAGGUCUGUUGUUUGUCCUUUCCCUGAUUGUGGUGAGAUCUUCAUGAAAUCUGAGAGUUUGGAGCUUCAUCAGGCUGUUAGACAUGCAGUAUCAGAAUUGGGUCCUGAAGAUACAAGCAGAAACAUCGUCGAAAUCAUCUUCCAAUCAAGCUGGCUCAAGAAAGAAACUCCAGUAUGCAAAAUAGAAAGAAUCCUCAAAGUCCAAAACACACCGAAAACAAUAUCGAAAUUCGAAGACUAUCGAGACUCCAUUAAGAGCAAAGCUAACAAACUUGCUAAAAAACAUCCGAGAUGCAUUGCCGAUGGAAAUGAGCUCUUGAGGUUUCAUUGCACAACAAUGAAGUGUUCUCUAGGUUUGAAUGGCUCGACAAACUUAUGCGAUUCAAUCCCGCAUUGUAGUGUUUGUGGCAUUAUAAGGGACGGGUUUAAGACCGAUGAACUUGGCAUGAUUACAACAAUGGCAACAAGUGGUAGAGCUCAUGACAUUGCUCGAAUUUCGUCGAUUGAUGAUAAAAGAGUCAUGUUAGUAUGUCGAGUCAUUGCCGGGAGGGUGAUAAAGAAUCAAGACAAUACAGAGGAGUGUGAUUCUGUUGCUAAUGUCGCCGGAGUUUACUCGAACCUUGAUGAACUCUCUGUGUUCAAUCCAAAGGCAAUCUUACCUUGUUUUGUUGUGAUUUACACUGGUUUUUAGCAAUGUUUAGUGAUGAAGAUGAUCAUGGUUAUUUUCAUCGUCUUUUCUCGUAUUUGUACCGAUGUUUAAUGAGAUAAUCUCGUCUCAUGUACUUUAUUUGUAUGCAGUUUUAA